GCCGCGGGUCCCCCGAGGAGCUCCCCAGGAAAUCCCUGUGUCCAUCCUCUUUUCCGUUCUCCGCCCUCCCCGCCAGGUUAACGGGAAGAGCCCGGCAUGGUUGAGAACUCUCCGGCCCCGCUGCCGGAAAGGGCGAUUUACGGAUUUGCGCUUUUUUUGGGCUCGUGGUUCGGCUUCAUUUUGUACCUCAUCUGGGCUUACGUUCCUGAGACUUGGCUCUUCUCCCUGGGACUGACAUACUGGCCUCAAAAGUACUGGGCAGUUGCCCUGCCCGUUUAUCUGCUGGUGGCCGUGGGGUUUGGGUACAUUUUGCUUUUUGGGAUCAACAUGAUGAGCACGGCUCCACUCAGCUCCACUCACACCAUCACAGAUCACUUUGCCAGGAAGCAGCAGCAGAAGGAAUUCCAGGAGGAGGCGAUCCCGGCCCUGAGGGACGUUCCCAUCAGCGAGGUCAACAGGAUGUUCUUCCUCCCGGAGAGGGGCAGCGGCAGAGACAGUUUGAGCUUUGGAGAAGCAGAAGAUUUAUCCUGGGCUCCAUCGCUACUGGUGGGAGCAGCGGAGAAACCGAAUCGUGGCGCCCGCGACGAAAAGACCUCGCCUGCUCCUCCUCCUCUUCCUCCUCCAGAGCACGCCUACAACUAA